GUAGUGUGCAGUAGCAGCCACAGCAGGACCAGUGGUGCCUGAGCGAGCGCAGCCUCUCCAACCCACUCAGGUUAUUUUUGGCGGCUGCUUCGUGUUGCAGUGCGAGUAUUCUCCAUCAUUCGGAGCAGGGCUAGGUGCGCACGGGCUCGUCUAUAAUCGCUGCACGCGGACUUCUUUGAGAGAACGGCCACAGGAUAACGGGACUGACGGCGCGGGGAGGGGAGCUUUAUCUCGUUUCAUCACGUAUCGCAUAUCCCUGCUUCACCAGCGUCCAGCACAUUCGCGGGCUGAUAGCUCUCUGGAGGGGCCUGUCCGGACAUGGCUACCCAAGAAAACGGCACCCCCCGGGAAGAGCAGGGGACAUCGGAGCACAGCCACCCCGAGCCAGCGUGCCUGGAGGCUCAGAAAUGGAUAGAGGCAGUCACAGGCAAAAGCUUUGGAGACAAGGACUUCCGUAGUGCUCUGGAGAAUGGCAUCCUGUUAUGCGAGCUGCUCAGUGCAAUCAAGCCAGGACUGGUCAAGAAGAUCAACAGACUGCCCACCCCCAUCGCAGGCCUGGACAACCUGUCAGUCUUCCUGCGUGGCUGUGAGGAGCUGGGCCUGAAGGGAGCGCAACUAUUUGACCCGGGAGAUCUCCAGGACACUUCCAUACGAGCCAACCUCAAGGAUUCAGACUGCAACCGCAAACUGAAAAACGUGCUGAACACAGUCUUCUGGCUUGGAAAAGCUGCCAGCGGCUGUGCCUCCUACAGUGGGCCCACAUUAAACCUCAAAGACUUUGAAGGGCUGUUGGCUCAAAUGAGGGUGGACAGUGAAGAAUCGGGGGAGAGUUCACAGAAGCGCAGCGUCAGGGACAGUGGUUAUGACUGCUGGGACUCAGAGAGGAGCGAGUCCCUUUCCCCUCCACGGCACACACGAGACAACUCUCUGGACAGUCUGGACUCAUUUGGCUCGCGCUCGCAGCACAGCCCUUCUCCUGAUGUGGUGAACCGUGCCAACAGCGAUGGCGACUCUGAAGCCGACGCUUCGGGCAAGAGACCUGACAUGCGGAAAGACGACAUGCUAGCCCGCCGCACCGCUACCAGUGAGGCCCGGAGCUCUGUACCAUUCAACCAAUUCCUCCCAAACCGCGCCAACGCCUCCACCUAUGUCCUGGGGCCCAGGAGAAAGCAUCACUCAGAGGAGGGCGAGCAACGAAGUCAAACUAAUCUAGACCAUGGGAAAAAACCUGGACCUCACUUCAGAAACCCCAAGUGCGUCACGUGGGCGCCAGAUAACAGUUUUAACCAAAAAGAGAAGCCAAUUUUGGAGGUUGAUGAAGCAGAGACACGGGAGGCAAUGGAGCAGAAGAAGAUACAGAAACUGGAAAAAGCUGGCAUUAAAGUGUUGCCUGCUGCUGUCCGAUAUAACAGCCCAGCCGUCAAAGAGGAACCGGAAGUGAGGUCUCCAUCCCCUAACAUCAUCCUGCGCAGGGACAAUGAGUUCUUGAGGACCCAGAAGGCAGCCUGGGACUCCUCUUCAGAUGGUGAGGAGGUGGAGACGCAGAAGAUGCCUGAUGUGCGUAAGGAUGAUUUGGCAUCAAGGAGGGUGGCACGUGGCCCCGCCCCUAAAGUGCAGCAGUUUGUUCCUCCGCCUCUCUGUAGUAACAAGGACCUGGAGCGUUGGGAGGGCAUCCGGCGUGCAUCACAACAGACUUUGCAAGAAAGGGAGAACAGUGACAAUGAAGUGAUCCCUGACAUCAUUACCCGCAGAGAAAACCCCUUUCUAAAUGCCACCCCUCGCACUGAUCAAGAGGAGGGCGAGGAAGAUGAAGAGGAGGAAGGGGUGAAGAAUGUGCCCAAUAAACAGAAGGACGAUCUGGCCUUAAGGCGGGCUCAGAGUAGGCCCCUCCCACAUAGGGAUGGACCAAUGAGCUUUGCCUCUGCUCCCAUGAGUCAAGCCGAUAUGCAGAAGUGGGAGAGGCUCAAGAUGUCUGACCCCAGUGAGGAAAGCCCAGUGUGCCAGGCUUGUCUGGAGAAAAAUUAUAGGAGCUCAUUCUCUGGAUCUUCAAAGGCCGGGCGGGGUCACAGCAAAGUGGUGACCUUUGGGGCUGUGACUGAGAUCGAGCAGCCAGUAGACACAAGUGAAGGGGAGGACACCGAGUUGCUAAGACGACUCAUGUCCAAAGCAACAGUAACCAUGCCAACCAUAGGCCCUAGCUCCCGGCUCUCAGAGCGGGAACGCAGCCUCACAGAUUUCACCGACCUCACUCAAAGCACGCUCCAAACCUUCUCCGAGGUCACCCCUACCCCUGCUGAAGUAGAUGCUCGCCUCGCUCUGUAUAUGAGAAGAACAGAGGAGGAAGAGGAGGAUGACAAUGAGGAGGAAAAAAUACCUGAUCUGGAGAAGGAUGACAUGAUGGCGCGGCGGACUGGUGUUUUCCAUAAACAAAGUAGCUCCACUAAAGUUUAUCACAAUAGGUUCCUGCCUAUGCCUGGGACCAAAAACAACGCGCAGGAUGCCACUGAUCAUUUCCCAUGGAGCAAAAAGGAAGCAGACAGGAGCAAGAACUUAAGAGUGGAACAAACCAAAGCUACAAUGGAAACUUUUCAACCAAUUGCAACUGAAACAGUCAAAGCAUCUACUUACCAUGAGCAAAAUGCAGAAGAUGAAGAUAGGGAAAGCCUACCCAAGCCGGAGAAGGAUGACAUGAUGGCUAGAAGAACUGGUUUGAGUCAGAAACCCAUUGGAAGCAAAGCAAAUCAGUUCCUGCCUGUGCCUGGAUCGGUCAAGUAUAAUGUUGCUUCAAAACAACCUCAAAUCAGUGAAAAGACUGCAAUUGAAAGCAGCGUUGCUAUCGUCAACACGGAAACUCAGGCCCCACCCCUUGAGCUCCAAGCCAGGAAGUGUGCUUUGGUGAGAGAUAAUAAGCUGGAGGCUGAGGAGAAGGAUGCUAGCAAAGUGACUCUAGACCAGGCAGUACGUAACACCCCAACUCUCUCCCCUCUGCCCACCCCUGCUACCUUCCAAGUCAGUAAGGAGGAGACAGGGCAGGGCAAAAUCAAGGCUGAGGAGAGGGUGCAAGAGGUGGGGUCACAAGCACCAAAGAAACCCUUCUGGCUGGAGGAUGAUCAACUACCUCCAAUGAUGAUGAGUCGGAGAGUUGCUUUUAUAUCUGAGGACACAGAGAGUGCGAGUAUGGGUGAUCUCCUUAAUGAGGACGAGGUUGGACACUUGCCUCACAUCAGCCCCUCCCGAUACGAGCGCAUGCAGGAGCAGUACAGCAACUUUAAAGAGGAUGAGAACCAGUGGCAAGACGACCUGGCUCGGUGGAAGAACCGCAGACGAAGUGCAUCCCAGGAUCUGAUCAAGAAGGAGGAGGAGAGGAAGAUGAUUGAGAAGAAAAUGAAGGAGGAGAGCGAUCGAAGAAAAAGCAUCAAAACUUACAAAGAGAUCAUCGAGGAGAAGGAACGCAGAGAGGCGGAGCUAUGUGAAGCCUACAGGAACGCUGCAACCCCAGAGGAGGCCGCCAUGGUUCUACAGCGAUAUGCUCUUCGUUUCACUAUCAGCGAUGCCACUCUGGACAGUCUGAAAGUGCCCAGGCCUGUCGUCACAGCUACCAGUCCAGACUACAAGCAAACGGACAAGGAGCUUAAGCCUUCAUCACUUGUAAAAGAGGAAGACACAGAGGUUUCAGAACAGCACAAAACUGUCAUCAAAACGGACAACAAGCAUGAUACAGAACAUGCAGACUUUACUUAUAAACAGGAAGAUAUAGUUUGUCUCUCCUCCAUCCCUACUCCCCCCAUCAGCCCUCUAAAGACUCCAGAUCGCGCGUUACCGCAGUUACCGGAACAACAUGCGAGUAAACCAUCAGAGAGUCCAAACACCGUACAACCACAGAGGGCACCAGUGGUGCAGUCCCAGGCCAAAGUCCCUCCUGCCCCUUCACCUCUACAGCGGACCCCCACACUCCCAGCCACCACCCUGCCCUCUCCCCCCUCCAGACCUGUGCCCCUGCUGGCAGCCAAACCAUGGAGUUCACAGUCCGGAAACAAGUCAUUCAAGAUGGAUGGGCUGGUGAGAGUGAACGGAGAGACCACUGAAACUUCUUCAAUUCACACUCCCCCACUCUCCCCCAUGCGGUCACCAGUGGGAGCCAAACCUGCCACACCCGCCUCACCUACCACCCCCAUUUCACCCGAAAAGCCUGAUAAAGAUGCCCCGUGUGAACGAACAGUGACCAUAGAGAGGACAGUGCAGCCCUCGCCCCCUCCUUCUCAGACAGAGAAGCCCCCCUCUGCCACCAGCUCAGCCAUCAGCUCUCUGAUCGGGGGCAGGAACUGUAUCAUCACCACCACCAUUGUCACAGAGCUCACACAUGUGGAGCCAGUCACACUGGAGAGCCACACCAAUGGACAGGUAAAUGGCACAUCUACUUUCACCCAGGAGACAGUGGAGGAACAGAGGAGUCCAGUAUCUUUGUUACCUAACAGCAUACAGGACAUCUCCCCCACUACGACAGAGGCUGUAGGGGACGCCAACUUAACCACUGAGACCCCCAUGUUGAACUUGGCUAAACGUGUAAAUCACUGGGUAUGGGACCCCAAUGUGGAGCGCAAACGGCUGGAGAGGUGGCAGCAGGAGCAAGAGCGCCUCCUACAGGAGCAGUAUGAGAAGGAGCAGGAGAAGCUGAAGAAGGAGUGGGAGAGAGCGCAGUUAGAAGUGGAAGAAGAAGAGAGGAAACACAAUGAAGAGGAGAGACGCAUUCUAGAGGAAACUGUUGUUCCGCUCAAUCCCACAGGCAUUCUUAGCCAGCCUCCUACACAGACUAAUAUAACCUCACCAACUGAAGUAACCAAGGCACCGAGCAGCAAUAUCCCUCUACAACACAACGGCCAUAAGGUCCCAUUAGGAAACGAAGGGCAGCAUGCUUCUAAACUGCACUUUUUCCAAGACUCCACAUGUGAAGUAGAAGCCUCCAGAAAACAGGAGCUACUGAAGACUGAAUCUCUUGACCACAGUCCUCAGCCCAAGCAGCCACAGAAUGUUAAGAGGUCUGGAUCACAUGACACAGCAGUGGGGCGUCAGCAGUCUCAUCCAUCACCCCAUCCCCCAUCUCCAAGCAGAUGUGUGAGUGGGAAAAGACUAUGUUCUGGUUGUUCUCAGCCUCUGGGUAAAGGAGCAGCCAUGAUCAUUGAUACUCUGGGACUCUUUUUCCAUAUGCAGUGCUUCAAGUGUGGGGUUUGCGAUGGGCAGCUUGGAGACGCCACUGCAGGCACUGACGUUAGGAUCCGUAAUGGACAGCUCAGUUGUCACGAGUGCUACAUCGCGUCUCGAGGGAGAGGUCAGCCCACAACUUUAUGAUGAUGUCCUGAACAUGCCCACCAGCUUUUCAACAUGGACAACUUACUGAAUUCCUAAAAAAUUGGAAAUGGAAAUUUCUGGAAUCUUCUGGAAUCACUUGAACUGGUCACUUUCCCCAAACAAAUGGCACAAUCAGCUUUACUGGAAUCUGCAAAAGGACAACACUAUUCCAAAAUUCCAGCUAUUUAAAUAUUUGUAGCAUGGAUUUAUUUGCUCUAUUUAACCCUUUGCACAACUGUAAUAAUGAAAAUAACAAAGUACACGACUGGAGUAGCCUGUCCAUUUUAAUGCCUUACCCCUUUCAUUUUCUGUUUAUGGAUUUGCAUGAAAAUUAAACUAUCUUUAAGUUAUUUUAUUCACAGAUGGAACAUUGAGGAUGCUGUAUGUUUCUUAACAGAAUAUCUUUUAUCAUAUUUUCUAAUAUAAAUACACACAAUUGUUUUCCCAUCUGUAUGACACUGGUUCUAGGACAUUGCUUUGACUGGAAUGCAUGUAAUUAAUAAUUUGUGUUUUUAGAGAUUUUUCUUCCUUUUUAAGAUGUUUUAACCAUAUUGUGAAUUCUCGUUCGAAUCAGUGCCUUAUGUAAAGAAUAGAGGGCUACUCGCACGGACCUCUGGGUCAUAGCACAUUGUGAGAGACAGAAGUGCAUGCGUGUUGGAGUAAUGCAUGUAUAAGUAUGUAUGCAGUGACUUGAAGCUCCAUACCAGCAUUUUCCCAUUUACUCUCACCUUGUUCAUCUCAAGGCUUAAACCAAUGACAGUCCCUGCUGCUCUUUUGUCAAUGCUCACCAUAACUGGACACACAACAUCAGAUCACGACUGGAAGAGGCGCAGAAUUGUCUUUUAUAGCAAGUGUAUGUUUAUCAAUAAAAUAUUUUAAGUG